AUGGUGUUCGAAAAAUUGGUAUCUUUCAGGCUUGAUUAUGCUCCGCAAUACAAAUUAACUAAGUAUAUCUCUAAUCACUCCCGGUUACAAAUAAUUCAUUUGCAUUCCAAGUCCUCACCAAUAGUGGAGGGUUACUUUGCUGUGGGAACGGAAUGUAAUAAUGAUUCGGGAGUAGCACAUACUCUUGAACAUCUCAUUUUUAUGGGUUCUAAGAAAUAUCCUUAUAAAGGUUUGUUAGAUACUGUGGGUGGAAUUGCUAUGUCAAAUACCAAUGCAUGGACUGCUACCGAUCAGACAGUAUACACUUUGGAAUCUGUAGGAUGGCCUGGGUUUAAGAAGCUGCUACCUGUGUAUUUGGAUCACUUGUGUAAUCCCACAUUGACAGAUUAUGCUUAUACUACGGAAGUCCACCACAUUGAUCCCAAAGAAUGCACUGACAAGGGUGUUGUAUAUAGCGAGAUGGAGGCGAUUGAAGCUAGUAGCGGUUUUAUUACGAAUUUAGAGAAACAGCGUUUAAUGUUUCCAGAAGGCAAUGCUUAUCGAUAUGAGACUGGAGGUUUGACCCAGAACCUCAGGAAGUUGACAAACAACGAAAUUCGAGAAUUUUACGCUAAAAUGUAUUCUCCAGAAAACAUGUAUUUGAUUAUCUGCGGUAAUGUGCCAGCGGACGAAUUGCUAGAGGUUAUGGAACAGUUUGAUGCAGAGCUUCCUAAGUUUGACAAAAAGAGAGUGAGGCCAUUUAUCGACUCUCCAAACUCACAAAUCCCGGAAAAACGUACCGAAAUAGUCGAAUCUAUUGUUGAGUUCCCUGAAUUAGAUGAAUCCAGGGGUGAAGUUGCCAUGGCAUGGAUUGGUAAGGAUUAUUUAGAUACUGUCAAUGAUUUAGCCGUGUCUAUGUUGUUCGAAUACUUAACUGACACAUCAUUGGCGCCAUUCAAUAAGGAACUUGUUGAAAUGGAAAAUCCAUUGGCUACCGAUGUUUCCUACUGGCCUGAUUGCUAUAUGAAAACUAUCAUGAACCUUACACUUCAUGGUGUCCCUUCUUCCAAAUUGGAAGAAGCAAGGGAUAAAGUCCUAGGCAUUUUGUCUAACCAUAAAAUAGACAUCAAAAGGAUGAGGCAAGUUAUUGAUAAAAACAAGUGGGUACAAGUACGUUCCACUGAAAGAAACGGAUCUUCUUUCUUAUCAGAGAUAUGUAUUAUGGACUUCUUAUAUGGUGAUGAAAACGGGAACUCGCUUAAGAGGUCCAUGGAUUUAACCGAUUUCGAUAUCUUAUUAGACUGGAAAACUGAGGAUUGGCAGUCUUUACUUGCAGAAGUUUUAGUUGAAAACAAGCCUGUGAUAGUGCUAGGUAAACCAAGCGCUAACAAAUAUAAUGAACUUGAGGAGGAUCAGAAGAACUUGAUUAAUCAUCGUAAACGCACCUUUUCAGAUGAGAAACUUGGUCAAUUACAAGCUACCAUUGAUGAAGCUCAGCGACAAAACAAUAAGCCUAUCCCAGAAGAGCUUAUGAAUGGAUUCAUUAUCAAGGAUCCAGCUUCAUCGGUAGAUUUUAUUAAAACAAAAAAUAUCACUACCGUUGAACAUGAAUACAAUGACCUAGAAGAUGAAUUGACAUUGAAGGUUCUAGCUAAUAGACCAAAAGACUUUCCAUUGUUCAUCCACUUAGAACAUUUCCCUUCGCAGUUCGUUACUGUACAAUUAUUGCUAAAUUCAAGAGUCGUAAAAGAUACUUCGCUCCUACCAUAUUUCUAUAUUUUCCGUCAAUUGUUCACACUACCGAUGAAAGAUGAGAACAAUAAUAUUAUUGACUAUGAAGAAAUAGUGAAGCAACUAGAAAACGAAUGCAUAGUUAAUGAGAUUUCCUUAGGAUUCUCUGCAGAAUUUACCGAUUUAAUUUCUUUGGAAAUUGAAUGUAAGUCCUCUGAUUAUGCUAAUGCAGUAAAAUGGAUCAAGCAUUGUUUGUAUGACAUGGUAUUUGAUCAAAAUCGUGUUAGUAUCUUGCUAGAGAAGUUUUUGAACUCAAUUGUUGAAACCAAGAGAGAGGGGGUUCAAAUGAAGCAAUCGUUGUUCAAUAGACAUAUGUUUACUGAUAGAUCUAUGAAGAAAUCUACAGAUUUCAUAUUUGUGCAGAAGGUGCUGGAUGGUGUUCUGCAACAUAUUACGGAAGGAAACUAUGAAACCGAGGUGUUACCUAAAUUGGAAUCCUUUAGAGACCAGCUAAGGUCUCAUUUUCACAAAUUCCAUAUUUUAAUUUUUGGUGAUAUAGAAAAGCUAGAUGACGUCUAUCAACCAUGGAAACAGUUGGUUGACAAGCUUCCUAUGGAUAAAUCACAAGUUGUCGUUCCUCCUACCCCACGUUUGUUGGAGACUGUAUCGAACUUGGGUUUGGAUCCCAAGUCAACAGCAUAUAUUGCAACAACCCCAGCAUCUGCGUCAACUUAUAUGAGUUGUGUGACUUCUGUUCCGAUAAAUUUAGAUUACCAACACCCGGAUUAUCCGGCAGUUUGUAUGGCUGCGGCAUAUCUUGAGGUCUGUGAAGGGCCGUUCUGGAAAGGUAUUCGUGGAUCAGGAUUGGCAUAUGGUGCAAAUGUUGGUAAGCAGUUUGAGUUUAACUGCUUAAGUUAUAGUAUUUAUCGUGGAGUUGAUGUUAUUAGUUGUUAUGAAUCAGGUAAGCGAAUCAUUGAAGACUUGGCAAAUGGUAUUACUGUGUUCGAGGAGAAGUUAGUUCAUUGUGCUCUAGCCAGUAUUAUUCAUGGCCUUGCUGGCGCCGAGUCAAACUACUUUAACGCUGCAACAAUAAAGUAUAGCAAUAAUUUUUGCAAGAAGCGCGGUCCGGACUUCAAUUCCAGAUUUUUAGCUAAGGUUGGAAGCGUUACCAUCCAAGAUUUGAAAACAGUGAUGCAAAAAUACUUUAUUAAUAUGUUCAACUCUGAAAAAGGUGCUGUAUUUAUUACCUGUCAUCCAAGCAAGCUGGAAUCUGUUCAGGAAUUUCUAGAAAGUCAAGGCUAUGAGGUCAUUGUGGAGGAAUUUGAAGCUACGGAUUCUGCUUCUGAAUAUAGUUCUGAUUAUGAUUCAAAUUAA